AUGGAAGAGAAAUACGAUAUGGGCUCGGUGCCACUAAAUCAAAGAAAGAAUUAUGCCGGCCAAUACUCCUACUCCAACUCAGUGGAUACUAUUAUCGAUAACGCUGUGGGCUCCCAAGGAAACUAUGGAGAGACUGAAGUGAAUACAGUAAACAUUGAAGGUGCUAUCGAUGAAUAUGAGACCCUUAAACGCGAAUUAACUACACUCAGUCGCAAAGCAACCAAUUCCAGUAAAUUAGAAGAAGGCAAUGCACCAGCAGACGAUUUCAACUUAGAUGAUUUCUUACAUGGUGUUUCCUCGGAUUCAUCCAAGGCUGGCCACACUAAAAAGCAUAUUGGUGUUUCCUGGAAAAAUCUUACUGUGAAGGGUGUUGCUGCUGAAGCCCAUACCAUUUCAACUGUCGCAAGUCUCCCGUUGUCUAUAUUCAAAAUGAUGAAACUGCUCAUAAAAAAACAAGACGUUCCUCAAAAGACCAUUCUCCGCAACAGUACCGGUUUCUGUAAAGACGGUCAGAUGCUGCUCGUCCUUGGGCGCCCGGGAGCUGGUUGUACCACCCUUCUCAAGAUCAUAUCUAAUAUGCGUGGGUCCUAUACAAGCAUUGAAGGCGACUUAUCAUACGGAGGUAUUGACCCUAAGACAUUUGCGACACAUUAUCGUGGUCAAGUAUGCUACAACGAAGAAGAAGAUCAACACUAUCCCACUCUCACUGCCAAGCAGACUCUUCAAUUUGCUUUACGAACAAAGACUCCCGGAUCUCGACUUCCUGACGAAACUAGACAUGACUUUGUGAACCGUGUUCUUUACAUGCUCGGAAACAUGCUCGGUCUGACCAAGCAGAUGGACACCAUGGUCGGUAAUGCCUUCGUCCGUGGUCUCUCUGGUGGAGAGCGUAAGCGUCUCUCGAUUGCAGAGCAAAUGACAACAUCUAGUUCAAUCAAUUGCUGGGAUUGCUCCACUCGUGGUCUCGAUGCCGCAUCUGCUCUCGAUUUCGUUCGUUCUCUUCGUAUCAUGACGGAUAUUCUCAAAAAAACUACCGUGGCAACUCUUUACCAAGCCUCCAACAGUAUCUUUACCCUAUUUGAUAACGUCAUUCUUCUUGACGAGGGCUAUUGCCUUUACUUUGGACCUGUUAGCAAAGCCAAGCCCUACUUUGAAAAAAUGGGUUUCUUUUGUCCUCUUCGCAAAUCCACACCAGACUUUUUGACCGGUAUCUGUAAUCCAUUGGAGAGAGAGUUUCAACCUGGAUACGAAAACAGAGUUCCACAGUUUGCACAUGAAUUCCAAGAAAUUUAUUUGGCAUCUGACAUUUACAAAUCGAUGAUGAACGAUUUAGAAGACUAUGAGAGUACAUUUAAGGCUGGCAACCAGGCAGAUAAUUUCAAACAGGCAAUGAACGAAGAACAUCAGAAACGCGCUCCAUCAAAAGAACCUUAUAUUGCAUCAUUUUACCAGCAAGUCAGAGCUCUUCUGAUCCGCCAAUACUAUUUACUUAUCAAAGAUAAACCAGCACUUAUUUCUCGCUACGGUACAAUUCUUAUUCAGUCUCUUAUCACAUCGUCUUGCUUCUACAACCUUCCCUUAACUGGUAUCGGUGCCUUCUCUCGUGGAGGUGCCCUUUUCUUUGCUAUCCUCUUCAACGCCUUUAUUUCUCAAAGUGAACUUGUGAAUUUCCUAAUGGGCAGACCUGUUUUGGAAAAACAUAAGCAAUAUGCUCUUUUUCAUCCGUCUGCAUUUUAUGUCGCCCAGAUGGUUAUGGAUGUUCCCUAUGCUCUUGCUCAAGUCGCUUUAUACGCUGUGUGCUCUUACUUUAUGUCUGGCUUUAACUUGACGGCUGGAAAGUUCUUUACUUUCUUCAUCAUUUUAUUCUUCAUCAAUAUGUCUAUGAAUGGACUGUUCCGUCUGUUUGGAGCCUUGACUAGUAGUUUCUUUGUUGCCACUCAGGUUUCUAGUGUACUUUUGGUCUCCGUGGUCUCUUACGUUGGUUAUAAUAUUCCAUAUCCAAAAAUGCACCCUUGGCUUUACUGGAUUUACUGGGUUAACCCAAUUUCUUAUGCAUACAAGGCUCUAUUGAUUAAUGAAAUGAACGGACAAGAAUAUACAUGUGAUGCUCCUGGAAACUCAGUUCCUUAUGGGCCUGGAUAUGAUAACUGGGACUACAAGAUCUGUACCAUGGCUGGAGGUGUUCCUGGCGAAAGUUUUGUCAAGGGUGAAGCUUAUCUUCUCCAGGGUCUGACAUACAAAGUCUCGGAAGCCUGGGCACCUGAUUUUAUCGUCGUUGUCGCUUAUUUCUUGGUGUUUUCUGCAAUGUGUGCUCUUGCUAUGGAAUACGUUGACUCUAGCAAUGGUGGAAAUACUAUCAAAUUCUACGUCCCCGGAAAGGCUCCAAAGCCCCGUACUGAUGAGGAAGAAAACGAGCGUCGCAAACGUCUCGCCCAGAUCACCGAUGAAAUGGACAGCAUCUCCACUGGUACUACUUUCUCGUGGCAGAAUGUCAAUUACACUGUUCCUGUCAAGGGCGGUAACCUUCAGCUUCUCACUGGUAUCAACGGUAUCGUUAGACCCGGCCAUCUCACUGCUCUUAUGGGAUCUUCUGGUGCAGGAAAGACCACUCUCUUGGAUGUUCUCGCUCUUCGUAAGACUACUGGUGUUGUUGAAGGAGAAGUCUAUCUCAAUGGUGAAGCUCUCAUGAGUGAUUUCGAGCGUAUUACUGGCUACUGUGAACAAAUGGAUAUUCAUCAGCCAGCUGUGACAGUCCGCGAAGCUCUUCGUUUCUCUGCCUAUCUCCGCCAAGAUGAAUCUGUACCUAGAUCCGAAAAAGAUGAAUAUGUCGAGAAGAUUAUCCAAUUACUUGAGAUGGAAGAUAUUUCGGAUGCUCAGAUUGGUAUGGUUGACCAAGGUGUUGGUAUCUCUGUCGAAGAACGCAAGCGUCUUACAAUUGGUAUGGAAUUGGUCGGUAAACCAAAGCUACUGUUCUUGGAUGAGCCUACUUCCGGUCUCGAUGCCCAAAGUUCGUUCAAUAUUAUUCGUUUCAUUCGCAAGCUCGCUGAUGCUGGCUGGCCCGUUCUUUGCACAAUCCAUCAACCUUCGGCAAUUCUCUUUAGCCAUUUCGAUCACCUACUGCUGCUUGUCCGUGGUGGAAAGACCGCUUAUUAUGGUGAAAUCGGUCCUGAUGCUCGCAUAAUGAUCGACUACUUUGAAUCUAAUGGCGGUCCUUCCUGUCAUCCUGAAUCCAAUCCUGCCGAGUACAUUCUCGAGGUUGUUGGUGCUGGUACUUCUGGAAAGGCUUCCCGUGACUGGGCUGAAAUCUGGGCCGGAUCCAAGGAAUCUAACGCACUUGAUGCUGAACUUGCAGAAAUCAGAAACGCGGCUGACAAGCACCCUACCCGCAAGCCUCGCACAUAUGCCUCUUCUUACUGGAAUCAAUUCAAGCUGGUACUCGGCAGAAUGAACCUGGCUUACUGGCGCUCACCCGAUUAUAACUUUGGACGUUUCUUGAAUAUUGUCGUUACUGCUUUGAUCAACGGAUUUACCUACUGGAAACUUGGAUCCUCUUCUUCUGACCUGCAAUACAAGAUCUUCGCUUUAUUCAGUACCUUUAUUAUGGCCAUGACUCUUAUUAUUCUUGCUCAGCCUAAGUUUAUGACCGAGCGAUUGUUCUUCCGUCGUGAAUAUGCCUCCCGCUACUAUAGUUGGUUCCCAUGGACUGUUUCUACCAUAUUGGUAGAGAUUCCUUAUAUACUGGUCUUUGCAGCCUUCUUUAUGUUCUGUUUCUACUGGACUGCUGGAAUGAACCCAAGCUCUGAAGCCUGCGGAUAUUUCUAUAUCAUUUUCAUUUUCAUUGUUCUCUGGGCCGUCUCACUUGGUUUUGUGAUUGCUGCCGUUUCUGAGCUCCCGACUAUGGCGGCUGUUAUCAAUCCUUUGGUUAUUUCUUUGCUGAUUCUUUUCUGUGGUCUGAUGCAGCCCGAGACUUCGAUGCCUACGUUUUGGAGAAAAUGGAUGUACUGGAUCGAUCCAUUCCACUACUACAUUGAAGGUCUGGCAGUAAAUGAACUCGAGGAUAUCAAGGUUGUAUGUACAGACAACGAUCUUCUCAAGUUCUCUCCUCCGCCCAAUCAGACAUGUGGCGAGUACAUGACCAACUAUUUCUCCUAUGGUGGAUUUGGAUACGUCGCCAACCCAGACGCUGUGCAACCCGAACUGUGCGGAUACUGCUCUUACAAUUCUGGCCCAGAAUAUUACAAUGGCGUUUAUGGCUGGGAUGCAGGAAACAAGUGGCGUAACCUUGGUGUUCUUGCUGCUUUUGCUGCCUUUAAUGUUAUCGUUUUCCAUAUUUUGGUUUUCUGGAACCGAAAGGGCAGACGAUAAAAAGAAUAGAAUAAUCACUGUUUUUUUUUUAAUAUUUUUAUAUUUUUUCUAAAUUAUUGCCACUCUAUUGUACUUCUUUAUUUUUUAUUAUUGUGUUGUAUAAUCUACAUAUACCACAUAUGCUCUUCUUUCAAUUCUAUCCACAUAACCUCUUUACUUUACUUUAUUUUAUUGUAUUGCAUUGUUUAAGUUGGUUUGUAUUUUUUUUAUUAAUAAGACAUCUUUCUUUCCUAAUAAAUCAUUUUUUUAUUAAGAUACAU